UCCCCUCCUGUUCGAAGUAAAUUGUUUGAAAAAAAAGAAAAAAAAAGUAUGGCGUAGCUAUUGGUAGAAUUUCAACAAUCGUGUAACUUUCGAAACAACACAGACAUCAACGUGUUGAAGUAUUUUUGAAACGACCAGGACAAACGGUUUGCGAACAAAAGAAGCUAGACGUGUAGACGUGGAAAACGUCGGAACAUGACAUUUUACCUAUAUUACAUGCAAAAUUUCCAUGUAACCACAAAAUGUUAUUGACGGUCAAAUUUCUGAGGACACGUCAAGUCAGAAACGUUGCUUCUUAAGGCUAAGCUUCUUAAGAUGAACCCCGCGUGUAAACAAUAUUCGACCGACAUAAUUGGUCUCAAAAGACCCACGUGAGUACACGUGACUCUUGAAUAUAAUAUCAAUUGCGGGAUUUGCAGCAACAAGGAGACAGCUCAAACAUUUAAAUUGUUUGGAUUGAAAAAGAAAGAAAAAUAUAAAUUUCAUAUGAAUAUUAUGGGAGGAAAAAUAUGAUAAGUACAAUUUUGUUGAUUUUCUGAUGUUGAUAUUAUUUAAAGGUUAAAAUUAUUAAAAUUACUCUCAUAUAAAAAACAAAAGAUAUGGCUUGUGGUGUUCUUCCCCUGUGGUUUUCAUAUUCAAAGAUGCAAAGAUUUAUUACUACGAGUAUUAUUAAUUGACCAUGAAUUUCGCAGAAGUACUUGAUCUUUAGUUACUUUUUGUUGGUUCACUCAAAUUAUUGAAAAGUGGAACUUCCUCCUUAUUGCAGCUCGAUCUCCCUUAAUUUUUAUUCAUAUUGAAUUGUUUGCGUAUAUAAAAUAGGGCUCUGGACAAGCUGUUCGAUUCGAUUCCUAAGCCCAAAGGCGCGGUACCAGAAUUUGGACUACCAAAAUGGAAAGUAAUGCCGUUAGAGUCUAAAAUCCCAAUGGUUCCCGGACCGGAGGGUGUUUACAAUUUCACGCGCCGUAAGCUUGGCGAGGAACUAUGGAUCUCCACACCGGAUACGGAGUUUAAUUUAAGCGAUCCAUACGGCUACGAGAUACAAUGGACUUACGACUCCCUCCACGAUAAACAUUUGCUUCCUCACUUCUCCAAACCGAAUAUCAUUCGGCAUUUGAUCAAAUCUGGCUUCGUUACUAAAAAUUUAGACGCAAAAUGUUCUCUGAAAGAUUACAAUAUGUACAGAAGGUAUCUAAGAAGACUGCACUGUGAUAGCAUAAAGAAGGAAUUGAAUAGAAGAACGAAACAAUCCAUCGAGGAGAGAGCGAUCUUGUAUGCUCAAGAACAGGCUGAGAAAGAAGUAAAGAGAUUGAGAGAAAGAGAAAGAUUAAUGGAGUUACGAAAGUCCGCAAUCAUGCAAAGCAAGAUGGCUGAGAAAAUGAAGCUGCAAAAGCAGAAAGAGAAACAAAGGAAAAUUGAUGAAAGGUUACAAGCAUUGGCUCAGAAAAAGAAAGAAACUCAACAAAUGCGGUAUAUUAAAAGCAAAGCUCAUGCAGAAAUAAUUCAGCAGAAACAAAUAGCAGCAACAGAUAUUCGAAGGCAAAAGAUAAUUCAAACUCUUUUGGAAUGGAACAGGAAGGAACGUAUACGAAAGAAAAUGAGAGAAAUGCGAUUAGUGCACGAACAAGAAGAAAAACGCAAGAUCGUAGAACUGAAAUGGGAAGAAAGAUUAGAAUUUCAAAAGAAACAAAUUGAAAAGGAACAGUUUCUAUUGCAAUGCAUAGAAGAUCAAAGGAAUAAAUUUAUAGAUGCAUACCAAGAAAAAGUAGACAGAGAAACAGAAAGAAUGAAAAGACUUUUUGAAGAUGUAAAAAUGUAUAUAAGAUGUUAUUUGGCUAGGCACUUGCCUGGAAGUAGAGAACGCAUUUGCUGUGAAAAAUAUUUCGAUGAUGAUGAAGUAUUUUAUAUGAAUUUAAUAUAAAAUCAUCUCAAAUAUGAAUGUGACAUUACAGUUUUAAUUUCAAUUUUAGGAUGAAACAUCAUUUGUGGAAAGUGAUAAAAAGGAUGCAGCUAAGCUAAUAAAACAAGAUAAAGUAAGAAAAUUUCUAUUAUCUAUUUCUAUUAUUAAGACUGCGAACUAUAUAAUCAAUAAAAAACAAUAUUGAUAUCAAGGUUUGUCUGGUAUAAAAUAUAGUAUCGUUUCAGAUACAGAAAACGCUUCAGAAAGAAAAAAAAAGGAAUGAAGAAAAGGCUCUAAGCAAAGAUAAAUUAAAGCAAAAAAUGAAACAGAAAAAGAGGAAAAUCUCAGCAAGGAUGGAGAAAAAGGAAGCACGUAAAAUUGAAAGUGUUGGAAAAAGAAGAAAGAAACAAAAGAAAAGGAAAAAAGUAAAAAAGAAGAAA